UAUCAAUACUUUUAUCAUUUUCAUAUCACAGAUGAUACGAAAUACAGUAGAAAAUGAACUAUAAAUACCCUACUGAAAAAGGAAAAAUCAUUAGUACAAGUUGUACAACAUUAUAACCACAACUGGGCAGUUACAAUCGGGAAAAGCAACCAUGAAGACUUUAGUCGCUUUAGUUGCUGUGCUGGCAGUGGUUGUCGCCCAUCCAUUGCCUUUAGUGCAAGUUAUUGUGAACAUCGAUGCUAGUAGUGACCCUGGUGAUAACAAACCAUUGCCCCCUGAUGUAGACCCCGUACCUCCAGUUGAACCGGAAGAGCCUGAAGCAGAUGGAAGUGAAGAAAAUGACGACAUUGUGCCAGAUGCAAGCGAGGAAUCUGCUUCCGAAGAAAGCGAGGAACCUGCUUCCGAAGAAAGCGAGGAACCUGCUUCCGAAGAAAGCGAGGAACCUGCUUCCGAAGAAAGCGAGGAACCUGCUUCCGAAGAAAGCGAGGAAACUGCUUCCGUAGAAAGCGAGGAACCUGCUUCCGAAGAAAGCGAGGAACCUGCUUCCGAAGAAAGCGAGGAGCCUGCUUCCCAAGAAAGCGAGGAGCCUGCUUCCGAAGAAAGCGAGGAACCUGCUUCCGAAGAAAGCGAGGAACCUGCUUCCGAAGAAAGCGAGGAACCUGCUUCCGAAGAAAGCGAGGAACCUGCUUCCGAAGAAAGCGAGGAGCCUGCUUCCCAAGAAAGCGAGGAACCUGCUUCCGUAGAAAGCGAGGAACCUGCUUCCGAAGAAAGCGAGGAGCCUGCUUCCCAAGAAAGCGAGGAACCUGCUUCCGAAGAAAGCGAGGAACCUGCUUCCGAAGAAAGCGAGGAACCUGCUUCCGAAGAAAGCGAGGAACCUGCUUCCGAAGAAAACGAAGAACCUGCUUCCGAAGAAAGCGAGGAACCUGCUUCUGAAGAAAACGAGGAACCUGGUUCCCAAGAAAGCGAGGAACCUGCUUCCGAAGAAAGCGAGGAAGUUGAGAGCGAAGAAGUAGCUCCUGAAGAAUAGGAAAAUGAGAUCCCUGCUUACUAAAAACAAACUACAUAAAUAAUAGAUUAAAAAACGGCUACGGUUAUGAUAAAAUGAAAUAAAUAAUUUCAGUGUCUUUAAAA